AUGGUCUAAGCACCUCUGAGGCAGAUUUGUUUCCGGUGCUUACAAGAGACCUCAUGAACCAGACUGAUUUGGUUGAGCAUGACAUAAUAAUAGUAUAUUUUUACACACCCUAACCUGGUGCAGUUCCCUCACUAAAGGGCAGACAAAGAAUACAUGUACUCACAAUCAAUCACCCUACAAUGACAAUCACACUACAAUGACAAUCACACUAUGUAGAGAUAUACUACAAUCAUACACAGAGACAGCCGACAACAAAAUUAACUGCAUUUACAUGACUUAAGGUAUAACUGAGAGAAAUCAAAUUUAUGUGGCUGCCAUUUAUGUUAGAACGUGGACCAUGAUUAUACCAUAGAACAACAGUGCUGAGGUGGCUCUUGGAAUCACUCCAGUCUAUUUUACGUCGUUGCAAAAUGUAUGUCUCACUUUUGUGAUUUUGCUGUUAGCUGCAGAGCUCAGCAGAAUGUUGAUAAUUUUACAACUGUAUAGCUGUAUGUGUGACCUCAACAUUUCAAACAUUAAAACACUGCAAAUUGUAUAGAAGGCAAUACAUUUUGGUUAACUAUGAUGAUUGGCAUACUGCACACGCAUGGGCCUAGGUAGAAACUUAAUUAAUUAAUUAAUUCAACUGGGAGUACAUGUAUGUGCUCUUUUCAUUGUGAAAGUUUGAUAUCCUAUUUGGAGUCUCAAUGCUUAUGUAUUUAAUGAAACUUUUGGCAAUCGUUGAAAGGGUGUUUCAUGUAUUGCUCAAAUGUAAGUCUCCACAUGGGUUUGUGUAGCUAGGGUACAUAUGUGCAUUUGACUGUACGUAAAACUUUAUGGUCUUCACUAGAGAACUGCAUGGAUUGCUUUUAGUCUGCUAACAUUCUAAUGGUGAAAUGGCAUCUUCAGGCCCGCCUGAGUAUAGUGUCCACUUGUGGCUUCCAUAUGAUUGAAAUAUCACAUGUACCUCAUACUGCAUAGUACUCGGGAAGCAAGUAUUGCUCAACUUUCAAACGUUGACAAGUUGUGCAGCUGCAUGGCCAGAAUCAAUUACACGUCAUGUAUACAUUGUAGUCCAGCAUUUAUCUGCAGACCAACAACUACCUGCCUUCAUGCCUUCUAGUGUGCAUUCUGGCCACUCCAAGGAAAGGCUAAACUGCGCACGCGCAUAUAUGUGACCAAGCCGCUUUCAGAAGCCAGCAUAGCAUUCAUAUCAGGAGUCUGAAAUAAGACGUGAAGGUGAUCAGAUGAAUUGAUUGAUUAAUAAUUACAAAACCUUACCUGCUAUGUAGACGCUAGUUUGUAAAGAAGGUGUUCCAUGAGCUGAUUAUAGCUUUUAAUUAUGAAUUAUUAGCACUCUGAUCUAUCUAAUUAUUAACAUGAUUGAUUGGAUUCUUACGUGGGAGUUUGGUUCAAAUCACGUGAAAUAGCCAUCAGGUGACAUUGGUGAGAGUAAUCUUAAUUGCACCCAUGUGGAUUCUGCUUCUUGGUGCUAUUUGCUGUUUUCAAGCAACCUGUGCUACUCCAGGACCUACCGGAUUUGAACAUUGCAGUGGAUCAGAAUAUCAGCCUGCCAAAUAUGGCAAAGCAACGAAUGUUACACUAGAUCCAUGUGCAAAGUCACCUUGUCAAGUACAGAAAGGUGUCAAUGCUACAGCAUUUAUCACAUUUGUACCAAGUGUUACUGUGACUAAUCUCACAGCUGUUGUGCAUGGGAAACUUGGUAUACUGCCAUUAGUUCCUUUUGACCUUCCGAACGCUAAUGCCUGCUCAAAUUCUAACAUAACGUGCCCCCUCAAAGCUGGUGUGCUUGCAUACUACACUACCAUGGUUCCUGUUCCAAAGCUUGCUCCAUCGGCACCAGUGGAGGUCUUCUUUCAGCUCCUGAAUGAGAAAAAAGAAGAAGUGGUGUGCAUUAAAUUUGAGAUGCAAAUCGAAUAAAACAACUCUGUUGACAUCCAACACAUGCUUCUGCAUGGUUGUCUUGCUGUGUUUGCUUCUUCUGCUGGACAGAAUUUUUCACAAGCUCAAACUUUAGAAUUUGUAAACUGUCUUGCUUUUGUCUAGCUUGCUUUUAUCUAGUAUCUUGUUUAAAUGUUUAGUGAUAAUGCACUCAAACAAAAACAACAGUAUGCUAUAAAUUCA